AUGAGUGGUUAUCUGAAUUUCGUGCGAUAUGUCAGCGAAAACUUCACUGAAAAUGAGGACCAAUUGAGCGAAGAGUUUAUUAGCGAUGAGUUCGGCAUUGGAUACGACUGUCCGCCACUUCCACAGCUGUACCAACUCAUGACACACAUCGCCGGCUCAUCCAUCUGUGCGGCCAAUGCUAUCGCGAAGAAGAGCUGCGAUAUAGCCAUCAAUUGGUUCGGCGGUUGGCAUCACUCGCAAAGGGAUGAGGCGUCCGGUUAUUGCUAUACCAAUGAUAUAGUGAUGGCUGUCUUGCAUCUGUUGGACAAUGGGUUCGACAAAGUCUUGUACGUGGAUCUGGAUCUCCACCACUGCGAUGGUGUGGAGAACGCAUUCGCCCACUCCUCCAAAUCGGGCGCCGACGGUCUCAAUGGCGACCCAAUGAAUGCCUUCAAUCUCACAAUUAAUGGUUACUCCGAAUGUAUAAAGUAUUUGAUAUCAAUGAAUAAACCACUUAUACUUCUGGGGGGUGGGGGUUAUCACCCAUUAAAUACUGCCAGACUGUGGGCAGCUUUAACGGCCUGUGCACUCAAUGAAACUCUUGACAAUGACAUACCAGACCACUCAUGCUUUUUAGCGUAUCGGCCCUCUUAUGAGCUUAACAUUGAAGCCGGACUCCGGCCUAAUCUGAACUCAAAACAAUACAUCGAA